AUGCCAUUGCUCAUUCCCGCAACCUCCUCUACUACGCCUGGUGCGGGUAUUGACACAUCAUCAGCAGCAGCUUCUGGACCGUCUUCGGCGGCCCGUGCUCAAAAUAAUACAAUAGAAGGAAUUGAACCGUUAACAAUAACGGAAGAGCUUGAAACGUUCAUUAUCAAAACUCUCGGCAACCAGCGAGUGCACACCGAUGCAAUUGUCGCAACUCUCGGCAACCAGCGAGAGCACACCGAUAAAUUGGUUAGGGACCUGCGUAACAUGCUCACUGACGAACUUCAGGGAAUACAUCAAGCAUUAAUCGCUCUCGAAACCCGACAAGCUGAAUAUCAUCUAGAUCAACGACAAAUACAAGAAGAUGAACGUAACAGUGUCGGCCCAGAUACUUACAAUCGGGAAUGUGAAUGGGCUGGAUAUCGUCGUAACGGUAUGCACCGUUACAAUGAAGCGGGAGAAAUCAAAAGUGACGACAUUCACACUGAUGAAGAAAACGAAGAAGCAGAGGAAAAGGAUAAAGAAGAAGCAACUUCGUCGUCGACAAUGGAAGAAGUAACAGAGGGGAAGGAUAAAGAAAAAAACAAAUUCAUCGUCGAAGAAAAAGAGGAGAAGGACAAAGAAGAAGUAACUUCGUCGUCGACAACAGCUGGAAAAGAAGCAACCACCUCGUCGUAG